AUGGACGCGCCGAACAGACCUCCAGCUUCUGCAGAUGGAUCCAGCGAUACAACCAUGGGCGAAUCAUUUCCUCCUAAGUAUGUCCCUCAGUUCUCUGCCGCGACCGAAAUGAUUCUCCAGCGCAUGAAAGCAGGAAUAACUGGUGGGCUGUCCAGUAUUGGCAUCACAGAGACACCACCAGGUUACGAAGAAAUGCGCAGAAAUGUUAUGUCAGGGAUGAAAACUACGCAGAAUAUGCAAAUAAACACACCACCACCAAAAUAUCAAACUAGCAAAAAGAUAACGCCCAAAGUGAGUGCUGCACCUAAAAGUGAGACUCCGACGGGGUCUGUAAAUAGUGCAGGAACAAAAAAGAAAGGGAAAGGACCAAGGGCGGGUCAGAAGCGGAAAAGGGUCAAGGAUGACAGUGAAAGUGCGGACGAUUCUGAUGCUCUGAGUGGUCUAGGUGGGGAUUCGGAUUCGGAUGAUUCGAACAGUGCGACGAUGGAAAUGCCAAAAAUCACACAGAGCGGGCGACAGAUAGUGAAGCCGACACAGUUCGUGCCUCCAUUACCCGAGACAAGCUCAAGAAAGCGAUCCUCUGCUUCGACAAAUAAGCGAAGUCAAAAUCAAGAACAAGCAUUAUGCAAGAGAUGCGGGAGAGGUAAUAGUCCGCAUAAUAAUAUGAUUGUUUUCUGUGAUGGGUGUAAUUUGGGAUGGCAUCAGAUGUGUCAUGAUCCUGUGGUUUCGGAAGAAGAGGUGAAGGAUGAAGAAGCGCCGUGGUUUUGUAAUGAUUGUGCAAGAAAAAGGGGGAUUAAACCAGCGCCAUCUAAGACUGAUGGUGUCAGCUGGGCCGGCAAAUCGCUCGACCAGAGAAGGGCAUAUCUAGCAUUACUCCCUCAUCCCCAGCUAGUAGCGCUUCUCAUCAAAGCUUCUACCCUUCACCCAGAUAUGCCUAUAUUCCCCGCUAAUUCUCCACCCUUCCAACCCCGCCAAUCACAGAAUAUCUCUCGACCCACAACAAAUCACAUCACACAACCAUUUCCUCCCUCCGCCACAUCCACAGCGGGACUCUUUCCUCGUUCAGAGUCUAACCCCAGUGCUACAAUAAACUUCGUUCGUAAAAUAGCCUCCAAUUCCACUGCUUCCAAUGUCACGCCUACUCCAAUGUUCACUUCGUCAUUUCCCUCUGCACCAGCUUUCACUCAUGCCUCGUCUGCUCCACCUAUGUUGCCUCCACAAGCCUCGACGAACACGGAAUCAAAUGCAGACCCGAAUGGAAUUGACAAUCAGCAAGAAUUGGCGCAGGAAAGCAGAGAGUCUACACCAAAUAGUCCACCAUAUCCGAAAGCUGGGACAGGUCUAAUGAGCAAAUUGGGCCCGGAUGAUGAGGACAUCGAGUGGUUAGUCGAUAGUGAGGAUUUUGAGGCUUUUAGCCAUACGGUCUAUGAUGAUCACGAGGAAAAGGACGUUGAGGGUAUGUGA